AGUAAUCUAGGCAGCAUUUCCCGUCUACGCCACCCUCCGUGUCGUUCUUGGUCCUCCGGCCCUCCGGACCGUUACUUUCGUGCAUCUAAAGACAAACGAGGUCUCCUAUUAGUCCUGAGUCGUACCCCAUGACGGCCGGAUGCAACGGGUCUUGACCUCGACGGACUCUUAGAGUGCAAAUAUAAGGCGGGCUUGGACAGAGUAUGGAUCGCUAACGUCCACCCUCUUCGCUUGGGGGUCCUCAUCGAUUCAGAACCAUACCAGACUGGAACUUGGACAUACUUUUUUGAUUAUUCCUUUUACCUCAGUGCUCAUAUUCUCGACAUGUCUUUCCUGAAGAUCUCUGGAACCAAGAUCGUGGACAAGGAUGGGAAGGAGGUCAUCCUGCGCGGAGCGGGAUUAGGUGGAUGGAUGAACAUGGAGAAUUUCAUCUCAGGCUAUCCCGGAUGCGAAUUCCAGAUCCGCGAAGCACUCGCUGAGGUAGUGGGAGCGAAGAAGUCAGAGUUAUUCUUCGACAAGUUCUUGGAGUACUUCUUCCAGGAUGACGAUGCUAAGUCCUUCAAGAGCUUGGGUCUGAACUGCAUCCGUCUUCCUUUCAACUACCGUCACUUCGAAGACGACAUGAACCCUCGCGUACUCAAACCCGAAGGCUUUAAGCACCUCGACCGCGUCAUCGAUAUCUGCGCCAAACACGGAAUUUACACAGUCCUCGACCUGCACACCUGCCCCGGUGGCCAGAAUACCGAUUGGCACUCCGACGCCGGCACACACAUCGCCAACUUCUGGGUGCACAAGGACUUCCAAGACCGGACGAUCUGGCUCUGGGAGGAGCUCGCGAAGCACUACGUCGGCAAUCCUUGGAUCGCGGCCUACAACCCUAUGAACGAACCGACCGACCCGACGCAUACGCGGCUGAUCGACUUCUAUCAUAGGAUAUACAAGGCUAUUAGGGCAAUCGACGCGGACCAUGCAAUCUAUUUCGAUGGGAACACCUUCGCGUCGGAUUUCAGCCACUUUGGAGACUCAUACAAGAGCUGGGAGAAUGUGGGGUAUGCGAUCCAUGAUUAUUCGCUGUUCGGAUUCCCUGCGAGUCCAGAGGAGUACGUGAGCAGCGAUGUACAGAGGACGAGGCUGAGGAGGAGUUAUGAGAAAAAGAGGCAGUGGAUGGACGAGCAUGGGCUUUGCGUGUGGAAUGGAGAGUGGGGUCCGGUUUAUGCGAGGACGCAGUAUGAGGGUGCGAAGACGGAUGCGAUCAAUGCGGAGAGGCUGCAAGUCUUGAAGGACCAACUUGCGAUCUACAAUAAGGAUCGUUUGAGCUGGUCAAUCUGGCUAUGGAAGGAUAUCGGGUUCCAGGGCAUGGUUCAUGUAUCGCUGAAGACCCCUUACAUGACCCUUUUCAAGGACUUCCUCGCCAAGAAGCACCGUCUCGCCGUCGACGCUUGGGGCACAGAUACGAGCGCCGUUCAGCACAUCUACCAGCCGCUCAUCGACCACAUCAAACAAGAGAUCCCAGAGGAGAACCAGAAGCUCUACCCCUUCCCAGUCUGGAAGAUGAGCGACCGUGUUGGACGUCUGGCGCGCAUCAUUCUGGUCUCCGAAUUCUUGGUCAAGGAAUGGGCAGAACACUUUAGGGGAAAGAGCGAGGAGGAUAUCGUUGAGAUUGCGAAGAGUUUCGCGUUUGAGAAUUGUGAGCAGAGGGAUUCGUUGAACAGGGUCUUGUCCGAUAAUGCAACGCUGGUGAAGGAGACGGACUGAAGAGGGCUCGGCUGAGAGGAAUAGGUAGGUAGAAUAGGUACGAGCAUCCUCAUGUAUUCAAUUGUACUUUUCAUGGCUUGCGACUCCGUAUAAGUUAUCUGUAUCCAUCAAGCACCACGUUUCCGC